AUGUUGACCUUCGCCAAGGUCCUCAUCGAGGAGCUGCUGAAAAAUGGCGCUCCAGAGCUUCUCCAGGAGACGUCGGAAGGCCGAUACUUUGACCUUGUCCAGCGGCUCUCGCUGCUGGAGAAAUUCGAAUGCACGAAUGACCUGCGAGUGCAGAACAUGGUCCGCACCAAGGCCUCGGCGCUGCGGUCGGAGGUCAUGCCGAGGCUGGAAACUGCCGGAGAGAUGCCGCAUCAUAAACCGGCAGCGCCGAGCAGUGGCAGCACGAGUAGCAGAGUGAUGAGUGAACCAACAACAGCCGGUGGGUCGACGGCAACCUCUUCUAGCAGCAGUGGCUACACUGGUGGAGCCUUGUACAACAUGGCAAAGCCGGAGUGCCAGUUGAUUUUGAACGGCGUGGUGGCAGUUGGACACAACGACGACACCGACAGCGAGAGCGAUGGUGGCGAUGGCCCCAAAAAGGCGGUGGCUUUCCGGAAGGCGCAGUCACCGGCUCUUCCUACAACGAAUGGUGCCAGGAAUGCUUCCAGCUCCUCUGCGCCAUCCAACCCCUCAAAGGGCAAUGUUGACCUGCUGGACUUGUAG